CCUGCCUCAAGAUCGACGGCUUUCAUUUGGUGUGGCUGCCUCUUCAAUGGCUCCAACUAUGAUGCGGCCUAGGCCUUUCAGUCCCUCAGCGGCCGCCAGGACAGCUGCCCCGCCCUCAGGCCGUCCAUCGUUGCCUGCCAGCUUCAAGAACGAGGGUGUGACGUACAAGCAGAACAAGCUCGUGCCCUUCAUCUUUGUCAGCACGUGUGGCAGUGUCUCCCGGACAACAUCAGAGGGCAUCAAGGUGCUAGAGGCCAAAAUCCAGGUCGGCACCGGGCACCUUGUUAUCAAGACAAGGCUAGCUGCUGGCAAGAACCCGAAGGAGGUCCAGGUGCGGAGGCUUGUAGCCUCGACCUUCAUGUCCUCAGAGGAUCUGGGGCUGCUGGGCCUGACGUCUGCCUCUGACCUCAAGGGGCACUCGUCUGGCAGUCAUCAACUUGGCACCAAGGAUGGUGACAAAACCAAUGUUGCCCUUGACAACUUAGUCAUUAAGAAGCGCGGCUGAUUAUUGCGCCUUAUGCCAGAAAGCAUGAGAUGAUCUAAGCUAAUUUCAUGUCGUACGAAAUGCAUGGUCUUUGCAGGAUUAGAGAGACAACAACUAAUGCAGGGGUGAAAUUGCUGAGAAAUGCAAUUAUUGAAGUCCGUUAUGUCGUAGAAUAUGACACGUAAUAUUCGAUGUUUGGCUGCAGGUGUUUAUCGUGCAUAGGUUGGUAAAUAUGGUUUCUUUUUUUGGAAACGUGCCUACGGACUUGCUUGGGAUUACAGGAUUGGAUUCUUAAUUAAAUUCCACUCUUCGAGAGAGAGAGAGAGAGAGAGAGCAUGAGAUCGCUAAGCUGCGUGCAGGGCAGCCAUUGUAAAC